AUGUUAAGCAGCAACAAUCCCUCUUCUUUUUCCGAGCCAUUUACAUCCUCAGAAAAUGAAAACAGUAGUAAAAGGAAAAGAAGGCCUGCAGGAACCCCAGAUCCAGACGCAGAAGUUGUAUCUCUUUCACCAAAAACCCUAUUGGAAUCAGAUCGAUAUGUAUGUGAGAUCUGCAAUCAAGGGUUCCAAAGAGAUCAAAAUUUACAGAUGCAUAGAAGAAGACAUAAAGUACCUUGGAAACUGCUAAAAAGGGAGACACCAAUAGCAAAGAAGAGAGUAUUCGUGUGCCCCGAGCCUAGCUGUUUGCAUCAUGAUCCUUGCCAUGCUUUAGGUGAUCUUGUGGGAAUCAAAAAACAUUUCAGAAGAAAACACAGUAAUCAUAAACAGUGGGUUUGUGAGAAAUGUUCAAAGGGAUAUGCUGUUCAAUCUGAUUACAAGGCACACCUCAAAACUUGUGGAACUAGAGGACAUUCUUGUGACUGUGGCCGUGUCUUCUCAAGGGUGGAGAGUUUCAUUGAACACCAAGAUUCUUGCAGCAUGGGGCGUCUCAGAUCAGAAUCGCACAAUAAUUUACAGCCUGCAGCUUGUUUAUCUCGAACAGCUUCAAGCCCCAGCCCGUCCAGUGACACCAAUGUUACCCCAAUAUUUUCUGCACCACUCUCUUUACCAAAUCCAAAAGUGGACAACAAUUUCUUGAGACCUUCUGCAGGUGAUUCCAGUAAAAAUUUCAAGAAUUCCAGGCCACCCAAUUUAGAGCUCCAGCUCUUAACCAAAAUGGACGAAAAUCAGUCUACUCAACUUCAACUCUCUAUUGGAUCAUCAGAAAUCAGUGAAAAAACCGAAAUGGAUAAUGCAAAUAUUUGCAGUAGUGAGAAGCCAAACAUGGCUGCGGCGGUGCUACCAUCGAGGCGACUGAAAGAACAGGCGGAGGAACAGUUUAGGUUGGCCAUGGCUGAAAAGGCUUAUGCAGAAGAUGCAAGACAACAGGCCAAGCGACAGAUUGAAUUGGCAGAACAAGAAUUUGCCAAUGCAAAAAGAAUCAGACAACAAGCACGAGCAGAACUAGAGAAAGCACUGUCCUUGAAACAACAUGCUCUAAAUCAAAUCAAUUCAACUACAUUACAAGUUACUUGCCAUGCUUGUAAGCAGCAGUUUCAAGCUUCACGUACAGUUACGGAAACACUGUCUCCCAACGGAAAUUCACUGGGGUGA